GCGCCGCCGCCGGGGCGGGCGCGGGGCGGGCGCGGCAGUGACGGCACCGCGCGGCGGAAGCGGAAGUGCGGGAGCGGGGCGCGCGCCGGCGGGCCGCGAUGCUGUCGCUGGACUUUCUGGACGAUGUUCGGCGCAUGAACAAGCGGCAGGUGCGGGGCAGCUGUACUACCAGGUGCUGAACUUCGGCAUGAUCGUCUCCUCCGCCCUCAUGAUCUGGAAAGGGCUGAUGGUGGUGACGGGCAGCGAGAGCCCCAUCGUGGUGGUGCUGAGCGGCAGCAUGGAGCCUGCGUUUCACAGAGGAGAUCUCCUGUUCCUCACAAACCGAAUCGAAGAUCCAAUCAGAGUGGGAGAAAUCGUCGUCUUUAGGAUAGAAGGAAGGGAAAUUCCUAUAGUCCAUCGCGUCCUGAAAGUUCAUGAGAAGCACAAUGGCGACAUCAAAUUUUUGACGAAGGGAGACAACAACGCCGUUGAUGACAGAGGGCUGUACAAACGAGGACAGCACUGGUUGGAGAAAAAGGAUGUCGUAGGACGAGCGAGAGGAUUUGUGCCCUAUAUCGGAAUAGUGACUAUCUUAAUGAACGAUUAUCCAAAAUUUAAGUAUGCAGUCCUCUUUUUACUGGGUUUAUUUGUGCUGGUCCAUCGAGAGUAGCCUUUUGCCCUGAGGUACAAGGUGAAGGUGCUGGGGAGUUUUUUUUGACAAACGUUUGAAGAAGACAACAGUUGGAUGUGCCAGGAGGAAGAAGAAAACAUGCAUUUCAAAGCUUCUUGCCAGUUUGGGUUUGUUUUGUUUUUUACUGCGUAAGGCCAAGUGUUUGUCACAGUAUUUCCAAUGGUUUGUCACAUUUUAGCAUUUUUAGUGAGUUUUUAUAAUAAAAAUUGAAGCCAGGUCA